AUGGCCUUCGAAGAAAACCCGGAAAGUGUGGGAAGCCUAUUUCGCACACAUUGGAUAGUUUGGAAGUGUUUGGGUCAAGUACCCGAUCCACGCUAUCCGAAACUUUUCAAAGUCUACGCUGUGCUCCUAAAUGUAGGUUUCGGUCUCGGCUAUCCACUCCACUUGCUGCUCGGACAGCUGGGAUUGCAAACCUUGGAAGAAGUUCUGCUCAAUCUCACCAUAAGUGUGCCCGUGGCUGUGUGCGCUUUGAAGUUUUUCAAUAUAUGGCGGAACUUGAGGAAAGUGCGCCAUUUGGAGAAAAUGUUCAAUACACUUAAUACGCGCAUAAAUCAGCGCGAUGAAUGGAUUUAUUACCGCAAAGUCACCAUACCGAAUGCAUUAAAAGUUUUGCAUUUGUUCUACUUCAUUUGUGUGGGCACAGCGCUCGCAUCUGAAUUGACGCUGCUGAUUAUGGGAUUCGCUUAUGAAUGGCGCCUGAUGUACCCGGCCUAUUUCCCAUUCGAUCCGUAUGCGACGACGGGUGGUUAUGUGGUGGCGCAUACGUUUCAAAUUAUUGGUCUUUUAGUGCAGUUGGCGGAGAAUCUUGUGAGCGACACUUACGGUGGCAUGUGUUUGGCGCUAUUGGCGGGGCACGCGCAUUUGUUGGGCAAGCGUGUCGCCAUCAUUGGCUAUGAUAACCAGAAGACGGAGAUGGAUACUGGUCGGGAAUUGGCGAAUUGCAUUGUUGAUCAUAAUAUGCUUUUUGACUGUCAUAGCAUUUUGGGUGAAAUAAUCGGCAUCGGCAUGUUUGCGCAAAUAAUCUCGGCGAGUCUUAUUAUGGGCAUUGUCGUCAUCUAUAUGGUUUUCUACGUCGGCAAUGCCUUUGAGUAUGUCUAUUAUAGCAUAUAUUUGUUUGGCUGCGCGAUGGAGGUGUUUCCCACCUGUUAUUAUGCCACUAACUUUGAAUUUGAAUUCGAUAAAUUGACCUUCAUGCUGUUCUCAUGCAAUUGGAUGGAUCAGAAUCAGUCCUUCAAGAAAAGUCUCAUGAUCAGCAUCGAGCAAUCGUUGAAAACACGUAGCUUUCGUGUUGGCGGCAUGUUUCGCAUCAAUUUGCAAAUAUUUUUCGCCACCUGUAAGGGCGCCUACUCGGUUUUGGCAUUGGCUUUGAAGUUUAAAUAA